AGGCUUAUGUUACUGUUGAUGGGUUCGGUUAACUGGGUUUUCAUUCCGUUUCAGAUUUGUUUCGACACACACUUACAGAAAUUUGCAGGAUGCUGUGGUGAUAUUUUCUAUGAUUUAAUCAAAUGAACUAUUUGAUGUCAGUAGUUUGAGGGCUCUGACCGCAACACACAGUAGCAGCAGCGAUGAGGGAGGAGAAGCGGCACCAAUUGAUGCAGAACCUAUUCGGUGAUCAAUCUGAAGAGGAAGAGGAAGAGGUCGACUCUGAGCAUGAGUCCAAUCCCCAGCCCGAUUCUGUAUGAUCCUCUAAUUUCAAGUUUCCUUUCUAUUCUGAUUCCAAAAGCAUGUUUGGGAAUGAUUAGGGUUUCAAUUUCUACUUUAAUCUUAGCUGAAGGAAGAUAUAGGUUGUCUUUUUUGUUAAUGGCGGUGGAUGAUUUGGAUGAAAGUAUGAAUCUUGGUAAUUUUUUUGCUUGCAGUUGUUUGGGCCUGGACUGAGGAAGUUUUGUGGAAUGAGAUUCUUAUGAUUAGUCAAUUUUAGUGGGAUUGUUGUUUCAAUCUGGAUAAUGAAUGAUGUCGUUUUCCUAUUCGGUCUGUCCUUUGACAGUGUAGCAGAUCUGGAAUUUUGUGAAAUGCUCUUUAUUGAGAAUGAAGUGCCACUAAUUCAAGACGAAUAAAAAAAAUUUGCACAUUUUCUGAUUAGAAAUAUAGAAUUGGUUUUAAAUUAUUUUCUUGACUGUUUGGUUCUGAUGUGCUUUACCGAUAAAUCAUGGGUUUGCAAGAUAUUUUUUGUUGUUUUCUCUUGCCGUUGACUGGGGAUGUGGGUGAUCCUGUUACCCUGUACACCGCAGUACAGGGCGGUAACAAGAUUAUCUAUUGUGCUACUGCACUCUCUAUAAUCAGCGGAGACCUCUAUAGGGCUGAUCAAGGAGGGGUCUACAAUCUUACCAAAGCAUUUCAGGACUAUAACAACAAAAUGGCGCAAUUACGAGCAGGAAAGAGUAGCAAGAGCAAACUUACAAUUGUAAAGUUCAAGACUCUGGAGUCAGUGGAUGGAUGGGAAGUUCGUCAGGGGACUUACUUUGGGUCGGACCCUCGACCGGUAAAUGCCUGUGUGCAAAGGAUUGUCAUGGCAGCGAGAUCAUGUCGCUCUGGGAAGCUCUUUUGACGGCCGCCGUUGUUGGAGGUCAGUCUCUUCCUCUGCUUCCACUCCACUCCAUUCAUUUUAAUUUUAAUUUUUUGUUUAUAGAGAGAGGACUUAGAAAAACAAAAAAUAUAUUUAUUUUUGUAAUGGUUGUCAUGAAUUUCCUUUUGACUAAACAAAACAUAAUCAGUUUAUUUGCUUUACUGAGAAUGUAGCGUUUAUUGUGAUUAA